GGCGGGGCGCGCCCGCGGGGCCAUGAGGGCGGGCUCCGGCCAUGGCCCAUGGCAGCGCGGCGGUCAUGCUGAAGUGCGUGGUGGUGGGGGACGGCGCCGUGGGCAAGACGUGUCUGCUGAUGAGCUACGCCAACGACGCCUUCCCCGAGGAGUACGUGCCCACCGUCUUCGACCACUACGCAGUCAGCGUUACCGUCGGGGGCAAGCAGUACCUGCUGGGGCUUUACGACACCGCCGGGCAGGAAGACUAUGAUCGCCUGAGACCUUUAUCUUAUCCUAUGACCGAUGUCUUCCUUAUCUGCUUCUCAGUGGUAAAUCCUGCUUCAUUUCAAAAUGUGAAGGAAGAGUGGGUACCGGAGUUGAAGGAAUAUGCACCUAAUGUUCCCUUUUUACUAGUGGGAACACAGAUUGAUCUUCGUGAUGACCCCAAAACUCUGGCAAGACUGAAUGAUAUGAAAGAGAAGCCCAUCUCUGUGGAGCAAGGACAGAAGCUGGCAAAAGAGAUAGGAGCCUACUGCUAUGUGGAAUGUUCAGCUUUAACACAGAAAGGACUGAAGACCGUUUUUGAUGAAGCUAUUAUAGCCAUUCUAACUCCAAAGAAACACACAGUGAAGAAGAGAAUAGGCUCAAGAUGCAUAAACUGCUGUUUGAUCACGUGAGAUACAUUUGACAACGGCCAGGCUUACUGUGAAAUUCUACUGAAUUUAAAUGCAAUGCAUUAAGUACACAGUGAAUGUGUUACAGGUUUGAAAGCUAAAACUAUGAUUCUUGCCUUCUACAACCAGUGAAAUCCAGAGGAAUAAAAAUCAAACUCGACGAACUUGAAAUAAGAAGCUACCACAUCUGUUACAAAUAUUUUAUUCAGACUGGAAGGAACAAUCUCUCAGGGUUACAUAGUCAAGAGGAAGCAAAAACUGCACCACGUUGAAACGGCAUUUGGAUGAUUUUAUUGAGUGGAGAUGCUUGGCCUGAAAUACUCUAAAUGAUUUUGGAUAAUCUUCUGCUUUGACUAUACAUAUAUAUAUAUAUAUAUCUUAUAUAAAAAACAACAACUUUUGCACAGUCUGUAUGGAAUCUGCACAAAGAAAUACCUUGUCUCUCUUUGCUCCAGUUAUCUGCUUUUGUAUGUAAGCUGCUUCCGGUUCCAGUGUAUCCACAGAGGUGCAAUAAUCAGACCAGCCAAAUAGCCAAAGGUAGCUCCCAGGGAACAGGAAAUGGGCCACACCUGAAAGGAGAACACAAAGUACAAGCAGACAAUGAGGAAAAUGUUUGUGGGGUUUUUUUGUACUUUGUGAGCACAAAUUCUUGGUGUAACCUAGAUACUGACAGUACAGUCUUACCAUCCUUUGAAGUUUGCCAUGCUUUCCUAAAAAUGCCAAAAGUGUAACAAUCAUCUUCAUGAACACUAAAUGCUGUUGUACAGUUUUUUAUUAAUAUGCAUUAAAAUGUAAUCAGGCUUCUGACUAUUGCAGAGUUUAGUUUCAUAUUCCCUAAACUACCUGAAAAAAAAUCACAGGUAUUUAUAUUCCUUGAAGUGUUCAGCUACCCUAAACUUUGUGUUCUGCUGCACACAUCUGAAAACCUUUAGAUUCCUUGGUGAUUUCUCCUUUCAGUCUCACGUGGUGUAAACUUGGUGUUCUGAAACUUUGAGAGGUGUGUAUAAAUUAACUGUUAUUAAGGCCAGAGACUGAGACGAAUAGAAGGUUUUUAUUUUUUUGGUCUUAAAAAGUAGGCAAAGAAAUUAAUUUCUUUAUGGCUAGCAGUAGGGAGGGAACGUAAAUCUUGAAACUGACUCAACAUCUUGCAACCAGUUCAGCAAACAUGUUGUAAGUUAUGUUAAAGAGAACUUUAAUUAUAAGCUAAAAUUCCUAGUAGAAGAAUAGGGAACAGACUCAAUACACCUUACUCACUUUCACAGACCACCUAGUAUUGAGGCAAAGAAGUAAUGGGAAUUUUCCCCCUGCUCCUUUUUAAAAAAUAAAAUAAUAAAUUGGCAUAGAUUUGUAGGGAGGAGUGGCCAACCCAAAACUUAACCAGUCUGUCACACCUAUAGCUUAUAUUAACCAGCCAGCUGUGUACUGCAUUUGAUGAAAGUCUCAAAUAAGUUGAUGGUUAAAAGUAUUUUAGAAUAAACUGAAUUCUUAUUCCUCUUCAAAAUUCUCCUUUGCAUUAUUUUUUCCUCGUUUUUCUUGCAAGGACAAUUUUGCACUUCUGACUGUACAACACAUGUUAACUGAAGUAUGUACAGACUGCACUCCUAUUUUUUAAUUUUUAAAUUAAGGGGGAUUUUUCCACCCUCUGUAGUACUUGAGACUGAGAAAUGCACUAGACAUUAAAGAAAAUACCCACAUCUCAGUGUUCAGCCUUUUCUACUUCAUUUUGAUUUGCAAUUCAUGAAUAUCAAAUUAACCUAUUCUUAAUGGUACUGGUUCCUCCCUUCAUUCAUUUUUCUAGCUCUGAUUCUUCACUUUACUUCAUUAACACUUGGAAAAAUGUAUUUAUUCAAAUCCUUUUAUCAUGGGAUUUUAACCAGGAAUAAGAGUAGUGUAUUUUGUCUUCUGCUGUUUCAUCUUCACAUUCCUUAGCAUUUGCAGUUUUAUAUAUUAUUUGGAGGUCUUAAGGAGUGUAGCAAAGAUGACUAUAAACAAGGUGCCUUAGGUACUCUUUAUUGACCUUGUUUCAUUCUUCCAUUUCUGGAUAUUCUGUCUCUGCUACUUGUUUUUGUUGCUGAAUAUUUUGGCUGUUGCCUCUCAAACCAAAGAUUGCUUGUUUUCAUUCAUUUAACAGUGGUAUUGUAGAUCUUCUAUAAAAAGCCUUUAGAUGCUUUGGCAUGGUAAGAUAUUAUGUAUAUUUAAAACUCACAUGAGUUUGUGGCCUUGCCUAAGUUUGUGCUUUGGGUGGAUCUUUUCAACUUUUAAAUUAAAUGUAAUUAAGUUAUUUCUAGCAUUUUGCUUAUUACUCACAUCUCAAGGAAUAAAAAAGCCCCUGCAAGUCCAGCUGCUCACUCAGUAACAUUUGGUUGGAAUAGAAGUUGUACUCUCUUAACCAUUCAUGAAGUCAGAUACCACUCUGGUAUUCACAAAACUAUGGACAGAGGCUUCAUAACUCAGUGGUCUUUUUACAUCAGAUUCUCUGAGUGAAUAAUGAUCCUUCAUUAAAUGAUACCUACAUUUAUGUUACCUACAUUAGGUGAAUCUGCAUUAGGUGAAUUAAGUUGCCUGUUUGCUUUUCAGAGAUGUAGGUAGAUGUUGGACUGAAUUUUUCAUCUUCCCUAACUUCCCCAAUGACUCAUUGACCCUGUGUCUUUUGGUACUUUGUGUACAGUGUGUGAUUGUACAACUGAAUAGGACCUUUGAUUAUUGUACUACUUUUACCUAAAUGCAACUUGGAACAUGGUUCUUCAAUAGUUUUGUAACUUUUAAUGUUAAUUAUGCCUCUGUCUGUCUUUCAAAACAUUCUGGUUUUCCUUUUUAAAAAUCAGUGUUACUUUACAGAAGUUUCAGGCUGUCUCACUUAACACGAGUGUCUCUGACGUUUGAAAUCCAACACUCACCAAUGGCAGCUGGCAAAGACAGGGGUCAAAGGGAAAAAACCACAGAAUGCUCCAUCUCACUGUCUAUGAAUGAGAAAAGAAACACCACCUCAUCCCUUCUAGUGGUAUACAUCAGAAGAGUACCAGGCCAAGUACUCAUUCUUACUAUGCUGGUCAGAUGGCCCAAAGUAGUCCUGAAGGCAGCCUGAUUGGCCCUUAGAAACUCCCUGCACAUUGCUGUCCUUAUGCUAUUUUUCUCUAACCCUCAAGACAGGACAAAUACUCCCUAAAGCCAGGUAAUUAUACUAGUUCUGCACCUUUCAAUUCUUGACUGCUGGACUUUAGGUUAUAUAUAGCUUGAUACUCCCAUAAGUAUAUUUAAAGAAGCAAGUUAUCAAAGACAGAUUAAGAGGUAGCUCAUAAGCAUAUCAGCUGCACUAAAAUAACAGUUCUUGCAUACAUAUGCCUUCUGUCCAUCUAUGAAAGUAGGUUGCUUUAUUUUGCAUUAGCUGCUGGCCUCAUUUUUCUGAGACCCAAUUACUUUUCCCUGGACCUUUUAAAGUGAAUUUUACUUGCUUAAUCAGUCUGCUUUUGCCCAGUCUUUCAUAUUAUCUCUUAAACUUCAUUUAGCUUCUCUGACUUCGUAUGAACUUCCUCUAAGUGAUAAAGAACUAAGCAGCUAACAGCCAUCUGCAUGUUCUAAGAUAUUCCAUUCCAUUUGUUUAAAGUAUGCAGCUUGUAAUACACCCCUUCUCAUCCCCUGAGAACUAUUCAGCUCAGUUUACCCUACUUUAUGCUCUCUUCUGCUGUGAGGAAGCUGACACAUUCUACCCCACCAUUGAUGUAAUGUCUAGGCUGGGUUGGCAGCCUGGGAACGAGGUACUGGGCAACAUUGCCUCACUGCCCUUUUUUGAGGGGCAAGAAGGUUAAGCUAGAGAGAAAAAUGUGGGGAGCACAGGAGACAGGACAGAACAUUCUUCAGGAAACUGUCAUCUGUCCCAAGAGCUAGGAAGCAUCAGCUGCCAUCCUCACAGUCUAAUAGGAAGAGUCAGUGUAUUAUCAAAUGCAUGCGGCAAAGGGCAAUUUUAAUAACUUAUAUAUGAUUACUAGGAAGCUGAACAGCAGCUUGGCAACAACCAAUCUCCACCUACGUGCUUAACAAGGACAAAAACUGCAUUUUAUAGGACAGAGCACGAGCCGGUGGUUAAUACAAAAUGAUCCUGUCUUUUGUUAUUUGUGUAAUUUUUCUUUUUGCUUUUUCUUUUUACCUGGCAGCAAUGAGAAGAGAUUUUUUAGGCUAGCUAAAUAGACACAGCAGAACUGCAAGGCUUCUAGCAUAUACUAGAACUCAUUUUAAGAAUAGGGACUCAAAAUAGGAAUUGCCAACCAUUGGGGACACAAAUAAGCUGGUUUCCUCAGCACUCCUCAGAACACCCAUGAACUGAUGUGAGCACACCAAGCAUGCUGCAUGGAAAGCAGAGCAUGUUGCAGGAUCCCAGCAGGGGAUCUACCUCUGCUGUACUAUGCAUGGAGAUAGUUAAGCCAGAAUUCUGACUGUAUGACAGUUCUGUCAUGCAAGUUACAAAUCUGUGACUUGCUUAUGAUGCAAUGGGAUUUACCUUGACGUUGGUGAGGACAUGAAGGCCAGAUUCUUAUAGGCCAGGGUAACAACACCCUAAUAAAGUUUUUAAAAAUACUAUCAAGUAAGGAGCAGAAUGCUGGAACUUGAAUUCUACAAAUGCCAACACAGUGGGGCACUUUUUUUUUCUUCAGUAAACUGGUCCCAUUCUUUAGAUGUGUGCUUUUCUUGUAUUCCUAAACUCAAUUUUUUGUAUGCUUACUAUUUCAAAAGAUCUAUUUAUGAGUGUCAAUUAAAAAGCUAUGUAAUAAUUUUUGUUUCAUUUUAAAACUUAAUAAAAGAGCACAAUUACUUUCCCUCCC